AUGAUGGAGACCCAGCAAUAUUUGAGAGACAUAAGUUCCCCAAGUUUAGAAAUUCUUUUGUAUCUCAAUCCACUGACUGCGACACAGACACAAGACUGCUUGAACCCUCUCUACCCAGCCAUUUUUAUGACUGCCUUCACCCACAUGUUCAUCGUGAAGAAUGACAAAACUGUCAAUUCUUUUCUUUUGAAAAUAAGGCCGUGGGCAGUUUACCAAACAAAUCCGUCAAUGCCUUUACACAAAAGUGUGAGCAAGAGGUUUCCCCCCGUUCGCGAGAGAAACCGAGAGAUUGUUUACCCGGCGAAUCAGUCGUGA